GGCCAAAUCCGCAACGAUGGACCCGAGCCUGUACCGCGACCUCCAGCAAAAGUACGCGAAGGAGAACCUGGAUGGUCUAGAUAUCUCGCAGGCGACAGCUUCCGUCUUUCACAACACGUCGUCGAUGUCGUUGCCGUCGAGGCCGUUGGACAUUUGCAAGCAAUGCCAUGGUCAGCGCAUCGAAAAAGUGCCGUACAACUUCAUGGUGUUGGAAAGGACGUGCACAGCAUGCGACGGCGAAGGAGUGAUCGAGCGCAAGCUCCCGACAUCACAGUAGGCAGCUGUAAACCUUCGAUCAACAUGAACAUGUGUGGUCGUGUG